GCAGCAGCGCUCUGCCCUGCUGACGAGCCGUUGCUUGUGGAAACAGCUGGUGGUUUCUGUCAGGGGAUUGAAGCGACAUAACGCGAAUAAAAGUUGUAGCCUGACCCGAAACUGAGUGAAUGCGCUUCACCGUGAGUCUCCGCUGCUGUUCCGACACGUUCCGGGAAAUGACACCCGGUGGACGACACUUUACCGGGCACUUUGUUAGUUACCCACCGAGCCUGUUCAACGGCUGCUAACGCGCCGCUAGCUAACUUUGUUCUCCCGUAGCAACUGAACGGGAUUUUUCUGUCGUCGCAGAGAAGCUGUCCGGUGCUUAACAGUUUUCAGUCUCGGCGUCAACAUGCCUCAUAUUCAUUAUAAAUUCUCCUCCAAACUGAGCUACGACACCGUGGUGUUUGACGGCCCGCACGUCACCCUGGAGGAGCUGAAGCGGCGGAUCAUGGGCAGAGAGAAGCUCCGAGCCGCCGACUGCGACCUGCAGAUCACCAACGCUCAGAGCAAAGAAGAGUUCACUGAUGACAACAGUCUGAUCCACAAAGGCUCCUCAGUCAUCGUUCGGAGAAUCCCCAUCAGUGGAGUCAAGCCCAGCCCGAGCAGCAAGACCCACAAUAUUGAGCAGUCCGACGUCCAGCAUCACCACGCCUUUGGAGCCAGCAGAGCAAUGGAUGACCAAAGUUCCACCAGAGCCUUGUCGUUUUUCUCCAAGAUGCAGAUGGCUAACCUGGUAGAGGCAGAUGCGUCAGAGGAAGACAAAAUCAAAUUUAUGAUAUAUCAAUCUGCCCACGACUCCAUGAGUAUGAACAAGAGACUUGGCACUGCCCUUCCUAUGAAUUACACCUGUUACCGCUGUGGGAAUACUGGACACCACAUCAGGAACUGUCCCACCAGCGGGCAGGAUAAAAACUUUGAGGCUCCACUGAGGAUAAAGAAGAGCACAGGCAUCCCUCGUUCUUUCAUGGUCGAGGUAGAUGAUCCUACUAUGAAAGGAGCCAUGCUGACCAACUAUGGACGAUACGCAAUUCCUGCUGUAGAUGCUGAGGCGUAUGCUAUUGGCAAGAAGGAGAAGCCUCCGUUCAUUCCACAGGAACAAUCCAAAUCUGAGGACGAAGAUGAUCCCAUACCUGAGGAGCUCCUUUGUCUGAUCUGUGGAGACCUGCUGAGUGACGCUGUAGUCAUACCUUGCUGUGGAAACAGCUACUGUGAUGACUGUAUUCGCACCACUUUGCUGGAUUCAGAGGACCAUGACUGCCCCACAUGUGGCCAGUCAGAUGUCUCCCCUGAUACCUUGGUAGCCAAUAGAUUUCUCAGACAGACUAUUAAUAAUUUCAAGAGAGAACGAAGCAACACUAAAACCUUGAAAAGAAAGUCUGACGCCUCCCAGACCCAGAAUUCAACUCCGACACCAAACCCUGUCGCUACGCCGCCUCCUCCUGUUGCCACGCAGAACCAGCUGCAGAAGCUUCAACAGUCACCCAACAGUCAGCAGGUGAAUUUCUUAAUGGACUCUCUCCUUGAACAUCCAAAGGCUACAAACUCACCACCAUCAUCUCAGGCGUCUGGACCUCCUACAUUAACAGGCCCUGAGUCUGCUGACAGCACACCUAUCAGUUCCCUCCAACCUGUGCAAAACUCCCUCGAGACAUCUGACAAGGUGACUGAAAGAAACACAUUGGAUGACUCAGCGGCUAUUUCGUCUGUACUGGUUUCAAACAAAGAUCCCACUGAUGCUCCUUCAGAGCCGACACCACCGGUUAACCACACUGUUGUGGCAGAGCAGCCUCAGACAGUCAGUGUGAAUCAGCAGCCCUCUUCUGCAGAUCGAGUCUCAAGACCUUCUGGGUCAUCAAACAGCUGGGACAGCUCCUCUUCCUCCUCAGGUUACCCCUCGUCCUUAUCAUCCUCCUCUCCAUAUCCAGCUACACCUCCAUCUCUCUUUCCCUCACCCCUUUUUCACACAUACCUACUAGCUCACCAGUCUCACGGCAGUUACCCUCCUGGAUACCCACCAGCCACGCCCGUCUGGACGCUUCCAACAACACCCCAGGGUGCGCCCAUCCCUCCCCUCUGCUCCCCAGCCUCCGCCUCCUCCAUCCCUGCCCUCAUCCCCAAGGAAUGGUACAGGUAUCAGAGGAAGAAGAAGGAAAGGUCACCUCACAGAGGAUCUAGCUACAGACGCCCCUCUUCUCAUUCUAAUUCAAAGUCUUCUAAAUCCAAAUCUUCUCGCUCCUACUCUCGCUCUUCGAGCCGCUCUGGAUCUCGCUCCCGGUCCCGAUCCCAAAGCAAAUCAAGACCCCGUUCCCCUUACUCCCGUCAGAGAGAUCGUCGGACCCGAUCUCCUCCCUCCUGCUCUUACACCUUUGGUUACAAACGCUCACGAUCCCCUACACCGUCCUCGUCAUCAUCACCCCGAGUGGGUUACCAUUCCAGGUCCAAGUCGCCUUCAGAUCCCUGGAAGAACCGCCAUCACAACAAGAAGUCGGCUUCGAGCAGCUACAGCUCCAGGAGGCGAGGAGAGUGCUCAGAGAGGGAGUCAGGAGGGUCUAGAAGUGGUUCAACCAGAAACCUAUAUGGCCAGCAUAGAAAUCAAACUAGCAGGCAGGACCUGGAUAGAGAGAACUACAUGCAGUGGAAGUACAAAGAGUGGUACGAGAAAUAUUUCAGCAGCUAUGUGGGCCACUUCCCUCAGAUACCUCUUCCCUUCGUAAAUCUUUUUCCUCCUCCUUGUCAUCAGUUGGAGGACAGAGAAGAAAGUAGAAAUCAUUCACAUGCUAACUUGGAUUCUCGCUACCGACCACAAAGUAAACACGCAGCCAGGAUGGAUGGUCGGUCUCCUUUGUCAGAGUCAUCCAGUGACAGUCGCUCCCCUCCGUCUCAGUCUUCAAGCGACAGUCUCUCCACGCCGUCUCAUUCGUCCAGUGGCAGCCAUUCCUCUCUGUCUCAUAAAGCUACUGACAGCCAUUCUCCUCCCUCUCAGUCGUCCAGUGACGGUCGCUCCACACCGUCUGAAGACGGAGCUCAGAGUUGCACUGGGAAGCACAAAAGCCCGACAAUCACACCUACAAGGAAUAGUGAGGAAGUAGAUCUGCAAGACAGAAGCACAGACGACAAGCAACCGAUACUGGAAAAAUUGGAGCACUUUAGCACUCUGAAACAUGAGCAUAGGAGGAUGAAGAAAGUUGACAAAGGAAGAGAAGAGGACUCAUCAUCCCUUGACUCUACAGAUGACAGCAGAAAGGGCCUGAGGAGGAAGAGCUCUGGACCAAGCUCCUGUAAGGAUGGCACUCCAGUAAAAAACAAAGCAACUGACAAAGAUGCCUCAGAAUCACCUCCGCUGAAGCUCAAUAAACCUUCACACAAAGACGAUGAAAGAAAAGUCAAAGGAGAGAAGAAUUUGGAAAGAGAGAAAGGAUCAAGAAGAGGCAAAGAUUCAGACUCUAGACAUAAAGAGGAGAGACAGCCCAGAAAGAGAGAGCCAGACAGGAUGAAUACAGACAGAGAAGAAACCUCCAGAGGCAGCAGAGCUCCUGACUCCAGAUCAGAGAAGAACAGAAAAAGAAAGGUGGAGAACCUGGAGAGAAAUGAGAAAGAGAGUAGUCUUUCUGUUAAGCCUGAAGGCAGAAAAUGCCUAAAAACUGAAGUUGCAGAGAACCUUGAAACCUGCAAGAGUGAAUCUCUGAAGUCACUUGAUAAAGAGGAGAAGAAAAAAGAGAAGAAAACAUGGCCUCUGACAGAGGGAGAUAUCUGGGAGGGAGGGAUGGAGGUGAAGCCUCAGAGGAAGAUCAGCAUCAACAUCAACCUGGGUGGAAAAAGGCAAGAGGAGAAGUCUGAUAAACAGGACCCCUCUUAUUUUGAGAGCAUUACAGGGAAAUCACAGGAAAACAUUGAGCACACUGCUAUUAGAGAGGAGGAGAAGUUAAACAAAGACAAGAUAGAAACUGAUGUAAAUGAAAAGAAAGAAUCCAGCAGAGACCAGGAGAUUUUGUCUGAAGUUAAAAUAAAACCAGAAGAAGAAGACAGAAGAAAGAUGUGGGACAAAGCUACCUUUGUGUUUGAGAAAACUGCAGAUAGGAAGGAGGACAGUGGAGAAAAAAAAGACAAAAUAGAGGAGGAGGACUUUGACUUAUGGCACUGUGCACUUAGAGGAGUGGAGGAGAGUGUCGGGGGAAAAGGGGAAGAAACAGAGAGAGUGAGAGAUGACUGCAGAGAAGAGGAAAUGGGAGGGUUGGCCACAACUCCCCGAAAGGAGAAGACAGAGAAAGAAAGCACAUGCAAGGAAAACAGAGGUGAAGCAGACUAUACAGAGAGGUUCAACUCACAGAGGAGCAAAAGAAAGGGCCACCAUGAUGGAUCUAAGUCUACACCAGAUGAUGGCAGUAGCGCCUCUGUGGUGGGCAGCUGUGGAGGUGAAGACCAUCAGGAGAGGUGGACAGUGGUGACAACUCUGGAGGAAAACACCGAGGACCGAGCUGCAGAUGUACUCAUACAGGUGCCUCGCUCCAAAUGGGGGAACGAAGGCAAAAAAGAGCAGGAUGAAGGAGAGAUCAGAGUUCACACUGUCUCUCCUGUGGCUCUACCUCAACCAUCAGUGACCAAUAAGGAGACAGGGGCAGACAAGGAACAACAGAGACGGAGGUCAACAGAGAGAGGCAGGGAUGGAGUGAUGAUGAGAGGGAGGGACAGGGAGAAAGAGGAAAACGCCACUUCGUCCUGGUCGCACAGGAGUGUGGCUCCCUCUAGUGGCAAAAACAGAACUGACAGCACCUCCUGUUCAGAGAGAGAGAGGCAGAGGGAUAGAGAAAGAGUGAGGGAGAGAUCGAACAAGAGCAAAAGAUCAAAAGAAGAAACUAAGGAGGAAGAGAGGAGGAGAGAUGGGGAGAGAGAGAGGGAUCGCAGCAGCUCUGCCUCAAAGCAAAGGAGAAAUCCUCCUUCCUCAUCUCACUCCAUUUCACCGUCGCAACACAAAGAGAAGAGAGACAGUCAGCGAGAAGGCAAUCAGGGCAGCAACAGCGGCAAGUUCUCCACUGUCAGAAACAGUACAACAAGCAGAGCUACCGACCUGUCUGAUCGCAGUGCCCACAGACCAUACCGAGAUGUGGAAUCCAAAAGCGAAGACCAUUUCCACUAUGGUAGUUACCAAGAGCGAUCAGGGAACUCCAGCCACCAAGAUAGAUCAGCAGGGACCCACCCAUCUCCACCUUCCUCCUCUCUCAGCCACAGUAAGCGGAGAGACCUGCUCCUCUUUGAAUCCUCUGCAGGGCCUAAGAGAAGGUCCCCUAAUUGGGGAGUGAUGCAGAACAAAAGUAGAAAUGACAGCGAGGUAGAGGGAGGAGAGAGGAAGGUGAACAUGGUGGAUAAGGUAGUGAAAAAAGGCAAGAGGGAGAGAGAAAAUCAAGAGAUGGUGGCCGGAGGUAGUUGGUGGGAAGAUGAGGAUGAUAAAGUGGAGGAAGAAGAGAGGCCCAGCAGCCAAAGCAGCAGCCAAAGCAGCAGCAGCAGCUCAUCAAGCCAGAGCAGCAAAGACAACCAGAGAAAUGAGAGGAACAAGAAGGAAAGAAAACACGAAAAGGAGAAGAGACAGGAGCUGAUGGAGGAAGGAGAUUUAAUGCAAGAAAAGCAAAGAGGAGGACGGCACUAAGCUCUACUCAGUCAUGAGUGAAAUUUACUUGAUGUUUUUCCUUUCUCUGAUCAAAAGGUGCCUGGUUUUAUUUUGUUUUUCACUUUUAUUUUUGCCCAGGAUGCUUUUUGUUUCACCUUAAGAUGUCAUAUCUAAUAUACAUCAACCAAAAAUGCUCAAAGGAAAAGCACCUUAUACAAAACACAAAAAUGAAUGUGAAUGAAAUCAAAUGUCAAGGAAUUUGCACACGACUUGCUCAGGGCUGCCAGCAGCUGUAUAUCAUUAUAACUGAACCUGCAAUGUUACAGUGUGAAUGAAGGGGAUGUUACAUUUUGACAAGAAGUCAGUAAUUUGAUUUGCCUAUAACAGGAGCACAGGGAUACAUACAGAGGAUUGUGAAAAAGAGCUUGUUAUUAAUUUAAAAACAGAUACUGUGAAUAUUUAUGAUUUCAACCUCUGUGUUGUCUUACUUUUUUUUAAUUUUGUAAAUGUUUAUUCUAAAAAUAACUGCUGGAUGGAUAGAUAAUUUACCAGAAGAAAGUUUAAUUUUUCCUGUUUUGAAGGAAAUAAAAAGAAAUAUCCAUAAAAAUGUUGUGUUUUUUUUCUUUCUGGAUGACCAC